AUGUCGGCCUCGCCACAGCAUGCGGUCGCAAUCCCCGUCGAGAAGGAAGACAGGAGCUCCUACGAACUCGAACACGUCUCGAAUGAUGGUCGAUAUUGGAAGGACAGUGCAGCACCGCUGCUAGGGUCACCAGAAACAGAGUACGAUGAGGACGACUGGGUCUCCUCCGCGCCACAUCCCACUCGGCCCUGGCUGGGCUCGCGUUUCGGGAUCCGCCUCCGCGACGCCGUUUCUAAUCUCGCGUCAAGACUACCCGGAUCAGCAAACCAUUUUGGGCGACCAUCACAUGCGACACAGUGGUUCAAACUCGCUACGGUGCUCGGGCUCGCGGCCAUUCUCAUCGUAACACUUCUUUGGAUGAUAUCAGGGCGGGAGCACGAGCAGAAGCCGGCUUUCAUGCUCGCGGCGUUCCGGAAUCUCGAGUUUCCAACCAGCCAUGGCCUGCUCAUGUUUCCGGCUAGACGACGGGGCUCGUCCAAAGUACCUCAAGAUCAGCCCCACCCGAUCCACCUGCUCUUGGCCGAAGCGCGUGAGAAGUGGGAUCACAAAGUCGCCGUGCAGUCCAAGACGCUCGAGGACGCGGUCGAAGAAUACAAGCGACGAUACGAUAUGAACCCUCCUUUAGGGUUUGACAAAUGGUUCGAAUGGGCGAUCCAGCACGACUGUCAGCUCUUGGACGAGUACGACUCGAUUCACCGACGCAUCUUGCCUUUCCAUUCACUGAGCGGAGAGACAAUACGCGCGAGGGCCAAGGAGAUGCAAGACGAACAAGGCGCGAUUCUCCACAACAACUGGUUCGCCAUCGACAUCGAAAAAGAUGGGAAGUCGUUUGAGGUUCGCGGACCGAUGCCGAGGUUUAACGUCGACAUGCUCAGGGACGUCAGGGAACUCAUUCCGUUCGACCUCACUUUGACCUUCAAUGGUAAGCAAUCUGCCGCGCUCUUGCAUCCUCUGGGACCGGCUUCCUCAUUUGUUCCAUAUACCUCUCCUCGCACGCAGGUCAAGACGAGCCCAAGGUUUUGGUCCGAGGAGAAGCGUUCCAACGCCACAUGGAGCAUGCGCUCGCCCAUGAAUGUGAGUCUUGAGCCGAAUGCACGACCUCGGAAUGACCUGGCAACGGUAUUGCUCACCUGUCCCAUAUCUCUUCCGUCUCCUGCCGCUGCUCGCAGUCAUGCCGGAAGAAGAGGAGAGAGCACUCCUCAUUACGGGCGAAGUCAACGGUUACAUGGAAACAUGCCCUCCCGGAUCAGCCAUCCGCACCGCCGGCCGAUGGGACAAGAUCGACUUUGUCCCCGACUUGACGCGGCCCACGUCUUUCAUCGAGGAACAUCGCGCGAGUAUGUCAUUCUGCGAUUGGCCGGCGAACGAAGCCCUGCAUGGAUCGAGUUUCCGGGUGUACCCUAGCCCCGAGCUUCUGCGCCCGGUAUUCUCUUGCUCCGUCAUGGCGAUGCAUCACGAUCUGUUGAUUCCGACGGUUGAUCAGUACGACUGGAGCGUGGGGCCUGAUCCAUCUUGGUAUCACAAAGAACACAACAAGGUUCUGUGGAGGGGCUCGACGACAGGGACGGACGGCGAUGAUCACACUAUAAAGUAUUCGCAACGGUUCCGAUUGACGCACUGUAUGUAUAUAAGCCAAGACAAGAGCAAAUGCGACGGCCCAUGA